AACAACAUAAAAUCAAUGUUUUUUACAUGGUUCCGCUCAGGCUGCUGCCGGACACAUUUGUCGGUGGCACAAGCGUAAAGACGCCGCUCGGAAGGAAGUUGCUCGCUCAGUUUUCUGGCGUUCGGCAAAAUCAAAACAUUCAGGGAGCACAACAGAAAUAAGCUCGAUCGGUUUAGGCCAUGGCUGGACCAGUCAGCUUGGAGUUGGAUCCCAUCUUUCUAAAGGGGCUGAGUUAUUUGCAUUCAAAGAGCAAAGAUUCAGCUGAGAAACUCAAAGCUCUGCUUGAAGAGUCCCUCGCAAGAGGAAGCGACUCGUCCUACCGCUCCUUGCAAAAAGAGGUGGAGGUGUCAAAGGGGUCUGGGUCCAAACUGAGUUCAAGUAAACAAGACACCAAGUCUUCGAGCUCCUCGUCCUCUGGCAGCAGCAGUGGGAGCAACAAAUCCAGCUCAGAGAAGAGCAAGAAAGAAGGAGAGAAGAGGCCAUCUGAAAAGGUCAGGAUUGAUGUCGGGGAAGUGGAACCUCCGAAAAAGCCUCGUUUGGAGAAGCAGGAGAACCGCGCUUCCCCAAUUACUGUGCAGACGAGCAAAGACCUCCUGCCAAACAUAAAUGACUACGAUGAGACUAAUGCUGACGACUUUGCCAUGGAAAUGGGUCUGGCCUGUGUAGUCUGCAGACAAAUGACGGUGACCAUGGGAAACCAGUUGGUGGAGUGCCAGGAGUGUCACAAUUUGUACCACCAGGACUGUCACAAAACCCCAGUGACAGACAAGGAAGUAAACGACCCACGGCUUGUGUGGUACUGCGCUCGCUGCACCAGGCAGAUGAAACGCAUGGCCCAGAAACCCCCACAGAAACCGUCUCCUGCAUCCGCAUCAUCAGCACCGGUCGUAAAAGACACAAUGGUGAAAAAGACGGAGCUCAAACUGAAAACGGACACAGCCAGCACCUUCCAGGCCUUUAAAAGAACAGAAGUGAAGCCACCUGCCACAUUAGCAGCUCCCCCCAGCAGCAGCACCUCCUCCUCCAGCAGUGGUCUCACUGGUUGGGCUGCGUUCGGAGCCAAAACAAACCCGUCUCUUCCUGCUACCUCCAAGCUGGUUUCCUCAGGCCCGAGUGGGAGCAGCAAGACGUUGACAGCUCCCUCUGCUCAGAAACCUGUGGGGUUAUCGGGGCUCACUGGAGCCAAGUCAGGACUCGGAGGAGCAAAGAUUGCUGGGAACAGCAAUGGAAAUGGCUCCAGCCAGGUAACUCUGAAACCUCCUCCGCCUCUCACUCUGGGGAAGCAGACCCUUAGCCGCUCACUGAGUGGGGACGGUCAGGGGAAAGGCUCCUCGGCCUCUGGAUCCAGCUCUCCAAGCAGCUCCCAGACAGCCACUGGAGGGAACGGAGGAAACAACGGAGGAGGCAAUGGGAACAAUGGGAAUGGGUCAAAGGUUCCACCAGGAGACAAAGCACCCACCUCUCAAGAGUCCCAGCUUAUCGCCAUGAAACGUUUGCACAUGGUCAAGAAGAAAGCUGCACAGAAGAAAAUGAAGAAAUAAAUUGUGACAGACAGGCAGACACGGAAAGGAAGAGGUGGAAGUGUUGCAAAAAUAAUUAUGAGUAUUUAA